CAUGGCGGGCGGGCGGCGGGAGCCGAUGCGGGUCGGUGCCGGGCUGGGCGCGCUGCUCUGCGCCCUCCAUGUGCAGGCAGCCUGUCGGGACACCACUGUCACACAGGAGCUCCUGAAAGAGGGGUUUCACAGGGACCUGCUGGUGAAGGUGGAGCUCGGGGAGGAUGCAGCAGGAUGUGCAGUGGCAGCUCAAGUGCGUCUGCCACCAGGAAUCUACGUGGAUCCCUACGAGCUGGCAACACUGCAGCAGCAAAAUCUAACAAAGGCAGCGCUAUUUCCUGAUGUCGUUGACGUGGAGGCUCCCGAGUACCUGGCCAGGGAUCUUUUCCUGCUGCUGUUCCUGGAGCCGGACGCGCGCUGUUCCCGCUGUUUCCGCGCCGCCGUGCCCGUGCACGCCCGGUACCACCGGCCGGCCGAGGGGACAGGAGAAGCCUUGGUUGUUCUGGAGAGCCCGGAGGUGCUGCUCUGCUGCUGCCACAGUCACCUGUCUGCAGAGUGCUGGGAACCUGCUGAAGUGGACACUCCCUGCUCAUCUGACACCACCAGUCCCUGUCAGUGGCACAGCACAAAACACAGACCCGCACAUGAGGAGUUGAUGCUGAGGGUUCCUGUAGGGCUCAGGGAGCACAGUUCUCUGGUGUGUGCCCUGACCUUGCUCACCACAGGGCUCUGCUCUGGCCUGAUCCUUGCUGCUGCCUGCAAGUAUGGGCACUUCUCACAGUGACCUGAGGAAAUAUGGAAUGUCUGACCUCCAUCCAGCAAAACUAACUGGAUAUUGCACUGGAUUCCUGAAUGGAUCCUACUCUACUGUUAAUUAUGUCUUAGUGGGUGCAAGGGUCCCAUAAUGAAUUAUAGUUCCUUUGGCUCAUAAUGCUUAUAAAUGCCUUCCACAGCCUAGAAGACAUUUUGGGUGUGUUGUCAAUAUCCAAAGUAGAUGGAGAGUAGGAAAAAGCCUCAAAAAGCUGAAAGCACUGCUGUGAGCAAUGAGGCAACAGCCAGGAGUAGAUUUGGGGCUCCUAUUCCUUCCUCCUGGCCCAGAGCCUGCUUCCAAUAGAGUGCUGCCUCUUACAGAGGUGUUGGUAUUUCUUGACUCAGGGAUUGGUUAUUAAGGGUAUGAAAAACAUUAUCAAGUCAUUAAAAUUUCUGAAUUUUAAGCUUGUUGUGCAGAUGGGUUAUGUAUGAAUUUGUGAAGAGACAUUCUGUGCCUGCCUGGGACACAUCAAUAAUCACUCCCAUCCUAAUAACUGUGAGGGAUUGGCUGCUCUUGGCCAAAUUAGAAUCACAGAGUUAUUAAGGUUGGAAAAGCCCUCUAAGAUCACUGAGUGGACUCAUGGACUCCUAAGCCAUGUCCCCAAGUGCCACAUCCACACAUCUGUUAAAUCCCUCCAGGAAUGGGGAUUCUACCACUGCCCUGAGCAGCUGUGCCAGGGCUGGACAACCCUUUCCAAGAGGAACCUUUCCCAAUAUCCAACCUGAACCUCCCCUGGCACAGCUUGAGGCUGUUUCCUCUUGUUCUGUCCCUUGUUUCCUGGAGAAGAGCCUGAUCCUCACCUGGCUUCACCUCCUGUCAGGAGUUGUGGAGAAAGAGAAGGUUCCCCUGAGCCUCCUUUUCUCCAAGCUGAGCAAUUGGUCAGAAUUGAAAGCGUUUAGAAAAUUUGAAGAAAUUUCACCCUAUUUCAUGAGUGGAAAGAGACUUUGAGAAGAUGAAAGUGAGGGACAGGAUAGUGACUAGAAGCAAAUAUUUAGAAGAUCUACAUUCAGUCUCCAGGACAGUUGAUAAAUAGAAGGAAAUUGAGAGGAAAUUACCUAAUGGAAAAGCCAAGAGGCUCUGGAGCAGCAGAGCUCGGGUGCUGUCUCCAGUUGUCAGUAGGUGGCACUGGGAGCCCAGGGUACCCCCUGUGAGGAGAAAAUAGCUUUUAUUCCUGAUAAACCUCAAAUAAACGAGUCAAAGCAGGUAAUCUAGGUGAGCGUGUGUGUGAAAAUUCCUUUCAAGGGCUCGGUGUGCAGCCUUUCACUAAUGUGCAGCUGUAGCCUCAGGAUUCCUUGGGCAUCUUUCUCCUGCUGGAAUUCAACAGAGUGAAUUCCACAGCAGGUUGGAAACAAUCAAAGAGAGAUUUGGGCUGUCAGCACUGGGACCAGCACCAUAUGACUUGUCUCCACGUGGGAUGUUCAAUUCCCAGAGCUGAGUUUGUUCCUGCACUCUGUGUUACACAGGUAAUUCUGUGUUCUAGCCUGACCCUUGGAAUGGCAACAUCCCGGAUUGCCAGAGCUCAAGGUUUUAGCCUGUUUUUUAGCACCAGUUGAAAAUCACAAGUUGAAUCCCUCAGCUAAAUCAAUCUCCCUGGCAAAACCUAGGGAAAGGAAAUGGGAAUGUCCUCUGGGCAAAUGUGGAAAAAUAUUGCAGGUGAUAAAAAUGUGGAAUUAAAGUAUGUAUCAAGAUUGCCAUCAAUCACCUUUUCAACUGAACCUAAGUAAUCAAUUCUGAUUAAUGUAAAAUAUGAGAGGAAUGGCAGAGCUUCACAAGGGGAGGGGUUGGUGUGGAAAAUAUUUGCUGGUUUUAAAUCCAUAGCACUUGUAUUAUAAAUACAGCAGACACAUUUUUCCUUACAAGCUGUAAAUAAGUCUGAUAACCAUAGCAGUGUUAAUUGCAAAGGAAUUUGCCAGUGAAUCUCUCUCUCAGAGCAGAAACUCCUGUCAAUAAGCCAGCACAGAGUUUAGCAGGUGUACCCUGCAGGAGGAUUCAAGUGUCAGUCCCAGAGGGAUCACAGAGAUCAGAGGAGGAGCUGUAAGACCUGUGCAAAAAUUCUGGCAGUUUUGGAGACAGGAAUGAGGUAUUCAGGAGUUCUGCCACAAGGGUUGGACACAAACAUCCUCAUCCUUAAUGUGUGUAAGGAUGGUGGGAGGAGAAAAAUAAGAGAUCCAGAUAGCCUA